GCUGUUGCUUCCCGUUCCGUCGGUGCGUGCGGAUGCCGUUAGCCGUCCGCCCCGCCCCCCGCCGCGCUUCUCGCUGCCGUCGCCUUGCGCUCCCAUGGCGCUGAAGCGGAUACAGAAAGAACUGAGUGACCUGCAGCGAGACCCCCCGGCUCACUGUUCUGCUGGACCUGUUGGAGAUGACUUGUUUCAUUGGCAAGCCACUAUUAUGGGACCUCCCGAUAGCGCGUAUCAAGGGGGAGUGUUCUUUCUCACAGUACACUUUCCAACAGACUAUCCUUUCAAACCCCCAAAGAUUGCUUUUACAACAAAAAUAUACCAUCCAAAUAUAAACAGUAAUGGGAGUAUUUGUCUUGAUAUCCUGAGGUCACAAUGGUCACCAGCUCUGACUGUAUCUAAAGUUUUAUUGUCCAUAUGCUCCUUACUUUGUGAUCCUAAUCCAGAUGAUCCUUUAGUACCGGAUAUUGCACAGAUCUACAAGUCAGACAAGGAAAAAUACAACAGACACGCAAGAGAAUGGACUCAGAAAUAUGCAAUGUAAACUUAUGAAGACUUUUUCAUAUACCACAGAGUACUGUAAAUUCUAGUUUUUUUCAAACUUAGAAGGAAAUGGAGCACAGUUUACUGUUUCAACGUACCAUCAUGCCCCUUGAGUAUUUUAUUUUUCCACCCAUGUAAGUGUGUUUCUGGAGCAAGGGAAGACUUCCAAAAUAACCUUAUGACUGUGACGAGAAUAUUUAUCCUCUUUGUAUGCUUUGCAGAAGACAUAUAUUAUGGUUUUUAAGAGUUGGACAUCUGCAUCUUCAGACUACAAGAUCCUUAAUGCAGUUGUAAAGCAGCCAAAUUAUUUUUGCUGGAGAAAAGUAGCUGUUUUUAAGUGAUGAAUACUGUAUGUGUGUCUUUAAGAUAUAUUGUCUGUUUCAUAAGUGUGUUUGGAUUUCAUUUUGCUAGUUCACUUAUAUAAUUUGUAUUUUUAAUUGUAUAGACUAAAUAUAUUUUAUUUACGGUGUAAGUCAUUUCAUUUUAGACUGACUUUCUCGUGCACAGUAUUGACAAUAUACAACUGCUAGUAAUGAAAGUAAUUGGGAUAUCCUGCCCUUUGGGAUACUCUAAAGACUGACUGCAGAUUUCUUAAAACCUAAAAUGAUCUUUGCACUGUAAUUCUUUGUAUGCUGAUUAUGGAGAAACACUUGGUUUUGAUUCUGUUGCAUACUUGACUUAAUUUUAUUGCAAUGUGAACUAAUUGCACUGCUAUGUAGAAAAAUAUGUAACCUUUUUGUUGCGUUUCACGACUGAUUUUUGACAUGUGGGCAACAUAACACUCAGACCUUUUACAAAUCUAAAUGUAGCCUUUUCCAUAUAAAUAAAAUGAAUUUUCUACUAUC